AUGAAGAUUUCAAUUGUUUUAUUCAUCGUGUUGAUUUCAAUUUCUUUUUCUAUCAUUUCUGGACAGAAUUUUGAUUUUAAUUGCGUGUUUUUUGGAUCACCAGCCAUCUAUACCUGCAUAAUUGCUGGAAUUACCAUUCCCGAUGAUGCGAACUUGGACUUUAACAUUGGUGGAAAUCAUAUUUUAGGACUUGGAAACGAGAAUGUGACAGAAAUUCGAAUUUUAGACUCGAACAUUCCGUUCAUCAUCUCAGAAAUGUUCACAAGUUUCCCCAACGUCAAUUUCUUUGGAAUAACUGAAGGUGGUCUUCGCAGAAUUCAAUCAAAUGCAUUCAAUAAUGCUAAAAAUCUCCAAUCAAUUCGAAUAAAUGCGAAUAAAGAAUUCAAAAUCAUUCAAGAAAACGCUUUCAAUGGAGCUGAUAAAGUUGUGACUUUGGAGUUAUUUGAGAAUAAAAUUGAAUCAAUUGCUGAAUCUGCUUUCAAUGGGCUUCAUUCCUUAAAUGUGUUGAAUCUAAGAGUUAAUGAAAUUCGCACGCUUCCAGUUAAUGUCUUUAAAGAUCUGCAAUCAAUGAAUCUCCUUCAAUUGACAGACAAUCGCUUGGAUAGAAUUGAAGGAGGAUUAUUCGCACAAAAUAGCAAUUUGAGUACUUUAAAUAUAAUAAGAAAUGAAAUCAAUGCAAUUGAAAGAAAUUUCUUGGAUGGAUUCGAACAGCUCAACAUACUUUCAUUAAACGAAAAUCAAUGCAUAGACAGAGCUUGGAUAAUUGGUGGAUCUACCUCCACUCUCGAUACUAUACGAGAAAACCUCUCGAUUUGUUUCGAUAAUUUCGACACACCUGAAGAAGAAACCAGAAGAAUCAUCAUGGAAAUUCGCGGUUCUUUGACUUUGUUCAAUGAAAAUGGAACUGAAAUUAUAAGAAUUUAA